GGCGCGCGUCUGGCUGUAGUCCAAACAAUAUCUCCGUCGGUAGUAGUAGCAGUUAUAAUAUUAGUAGAAUUCGUAUCGUCAUCAUUACCGGAUACACGAUCCAACGCUACGCGCGAACAUCGAUUGCAGCGCUUAGUGUGGAACAAGUGGCAGUACGAUACCGUCGUCACUACUCGUCACUGCUCGUCACUGUUCGUCACUACUCGUCACGGUGCAUUAUUCGUCGUGCUACUCACGGCAAGAUGUGUUACUAUACCACGGUGCGCAAUGUGUCUUUCCGGACGAAUGGUGCCCGUGUUUAAAACAGAGAUUAUGACGUGGCGCGGUUUAACCGAGCCAACGGAAGGGCACAGACGUAGGUACGGAUGAAGCACAAGAAGGGUAACCUGGACGAGGAGGAGGAGGAAGAAGACGAAGAAGGAGAAGGAGAGGAAGAAGACGAAAUCGAAGACGACGAGAAGCAGGAACAACAAGAAUACAAACGGGACAAAGGAGGAAGAAGAAGAAGAGGUUCGCGUGGAAAGAGAAGCGAGAGAUCGUUACGUUUAGUCGACGUGUCGGUGUGAUCAUCGGCUGGUACAUUUGAUGCUAAGUGAAAAGAGGUUCGAAGACGUCUUAACACUGGCGGACGGGGAACGUAAUGGGAGCGCCGUGGUCACGGGCCCGGUGCUAUCGUCGUCGUCGUCGUGCACGGUGCCCUACAUCGGCACCGACCAGGGUUUCGUGUUCGAGGGUGGCGGCACGACGACGUUGCAGCGGGCUGGUGCAGCCGGUGCGUCGAUCGCUAGCUGCACCGGUAGCGGAGGAGGAGCCCUUGGAGGAGUCGGUAUCGUUGGGUCAGUAGGAAGCGGUGGAGUAAACGUGGUAGUAGGGUCAGGGAUUAGUAUGGGCGGAGGAGUGACGGGAGGAGGGAUUGCUGUUGUCGGAGGAGGAAAAACUGGUGGAGGAGGUGGUGGAAUGAACAAGGAGGUUCGGUAUGCUCCGUUUUCGUCGUCCGUAGGACCGACCGGUUCGGUGGCGCCGGUCAACCUGCCACCGCUGCCUCUACCGCCGCCUCCGCCACCGCCGCCGCCGCCGCCGCCGCCACCGCCGCCGCCCCUGCCGCUGCAGAUGCAGCAGCAGCGUGCCUACUCGAGGUCGAUGACGUCCCUACCGCCUGAGCCGUUUAUGAUCAUGAGGUCGAAGGCCCUUAACCGACGGGUCUCGAUCAACGUCGGUGGGGUUAAACAUGAGGUGCUAUGGCGUACCCUCGAGAGGCUGCCUCACACGCGUCUAGGCCGGCUGAAGGAUUGCAACACCCACGAGGCGAUCACCGAACUUUGCGAUGAUUAUUCCCUUAUCGACAACGAGUAUUUCUUCGAUCGCCAUCCCAAGUCCUUUAGUUCCAUCUUAAAUUUCUAUCGUACCGGCAAGCUGCAUCUCGUCGACGAGAUGUGCGUAUUGGCGUUCAGUGACGAUCUCGAGUAUUGGGGCGUCGACGAGCUCUAUCUCGAGAGUUGUUGCCAACACAAGUACCACCAGAGGAAGGAGCACGUGCACGAGGAGAUGAGAAAAGAGGCAGAGUCGCUAAGGCAAAGGGAAGAGGAAGAAUUCGGUGAAGGACAGUGCGCGCAGUAUCAGAAGUGGCUGUGGGAUCUAUUGGAGAAACCGACCACGUCCAUCGCUGCAAGGGUGAUAGCUGUGAUAUCAAUACUCUUUAUUGUGCUUUCGACGAUCGCACUAACUCUCAACACCAUUCCUAGUAUGCAAGUGAAUGAUGAGAAGGGGAACUUUCAAGACAAUCCGCAGCUCGCCAUGGUGGAGGCUGUGUGCAUCACAUGGUUUACCCUCGAGUACAUGCUUAGGUUCAGUGCCUCGCCGGACAAGUGGAAGUUCUUCAAGGGUGGUCUAAAUGUGAUCGACCUGUUGGCAAUACUGCCGUACUACGUAUCUCUGUUCCUGGUCGAGACGAACAAGAACGCGACCGACCAGUUCCAGGACGUGCGCAGGGUAGUGCAAAUCUUUCGUAUAAUGCGGAUCCUGAGGAUCCUGAAGCUGGCCCGCCACUCGACCGGGCUGCAGAGCCUUGGCUUCACCUUGCGUAACUCGUACAAGGAGCUGGGCCUGCUGAUGCUCUUCCUGGCGAUGGGUGUCCUUAUAUUCUCGAGUCUUGCCUACUUCGCUGAGAAGGAGGAGCCCGGGACCAAAUUCAUAAGCAUUCCAGAAACCUUUUGGUGGGCGGGCAUCACGAUGACCACCGUCGGAUACGGCGACAUCUACCCCACGACCCCGCUCGGCAAGGUGAUCGGCAGUGUGUGUUGUAUAUGUGGUGUCCUGGUAAUCGCGUUGCCCAUUCCCAUUAUCGUUAACAAUUUCGCCGAGUUCUACAAGAACCAGAUGAGACGGGAGAAAGCCCUCAAGAGGCGAGAGGCUCUUGAAAGGGCAAAGAGGGAGGGCAGCAUCGUUUCGUUCCAUCACAUCAACCUGAGGGAUGCCUUCGCCAAAAGCAUGGAUCUCAUCGAUGUCAUCGUCGAUACUGGUCACAAUAUGUCCGGCGUGGAUGGUAACAGCACCGAGGGAGAAUCCGCGUGCGGACGCGGUCCUGCCCAGACCGGGCCAGGCUGUUAUCGUAACUAUGAGCAUUACAGUCUCUCGCGACAUCGGCGCAGCGCCUCGUCCUGCUUCCCAAAUUUGCCUAACGAUCUGCCGACCACACCGGACAGCCCGAACCGUCGUCUCCUGGACUUUGCUCAGAGCGUACCCGGAACUCAGAACGACGAUUACUUUCACGACGAUGUACCGGCCCAGCACGUGAACCAAGGCAAUACCACACCUAGCGAUGAAGAGAAAAAAGACAGCAGAAAAUUCGAGAAAAAUGAUGAAAUACCUAGCGAAUUCGAGUGUUGCUUUUGUACUACGAAGGAAUACAAAGAGUUCAGAGACGCGGAAGAUAUAAUGCCACUGGCGACCAGCGACUUUCGUAAUCCCAUCUGCCAAGAGAUGAAGUCGAUGCGAUCCGGAGGAAUCAUGUCGAUGGAGCCGAUCGCGCAUCAGCAGAUCUUCGCCGUGGAAACGAAACCGUCUCCGGCUCAACCGGUGGAUGUUCCCAGCUUUGGCAGAACGUACAACGAGCAAGGAAGCGUAGACAGCUCUGAUACGUAUGCCAGCUGUCAAACGCAUCCGUCUCAUUCGCAGGUUUCUUCUGCUGGUCAUUCGGCGGAUAACAAUAAGGGCGAUUUGACCGAAGAAGCAGACAGUAAUCUGUACGUGAAUCCACUGGAAGCUGCGGAGAAGUGUGGAAAUAGAGUGAAAAAGUCCGCUUCCGGUGAAGUUGAACGUAACGUCGGCGACGCGUCACCGAGUGUUGAAUCGUUAAAGGACGUUCGUCCUUUCAACGAGGGUAGCAGGGUUACGUUAAACGACACAGUGCCCAAGCAUAGAAAAAUUCGCAUUCAGCAGAGCGUAAGACCACGCGCGCAAUUUAUCAGCGACCAGGAAAGCAUUGUGGCUCGUAGCAUGACGAAAGAGGAAACCAUGGAGAACAAUUACUACGGAGGACUACGAGGAGGCAAGCCAUUUACCACGACCAACAGCAGCCUGGUCUCGGCUACGAGAAUUAUAAAUCAUCAUUUGUUCGGCUCUGUCACUGGACCCAGGCAUUACACAGGUCAUCGAAGGCAAAUUUCAGGAACGAACACCGACAGCAAGCUUUCCCUGUCCGCUGAUUCGAUAGACAGCGAGGGCGUGCCUUUCAUAGACAGGCACCGGGUCUCCAAGUCGAUACUCAAGAAGUCCGAGAGCAGCAAUAAUUACUACAGCAACGCCGGUGACUCGGACACCGAGAAGCUUAUCACCGAUAACGCGUCCACCAUAAGCAUGUGCGACAAUGAAACGAGCACAUGCGACGUUUUCGCUAAUGUGAAUGGAACGAAGUUGAAACAGCCUGCCUCGCCGUUGAUUUCCAGACAGAUUCUCGAGUCGGUCUUCCGCACGAACAAUAACGUCGAGAGGGAGAACGAAGUGGAUCAAAGCGAAGAAAGGAACUGUGUUUCCAAGAUGAGCAGAUCGAUAUUCGACGAGGUCCUCGAAGAAGAGAAGUGCACGCAGGACGAGGCAAUAACAGAGAACAAGAACAAAGAGGAGCGAAAGAAAUCGAGAACGAGGAUAGAGGAGCCGUCGAAGGACAAUCAGACGAUGUUGAUAUGCUCAUUACGGUCUCAUAAAACGAAGAAGUUAAACAUAGAGGAAAAACGAAAGGCCAAAACGGCCAGUCAUAGUUGCAAAGGCACCGAUACGAAUUGUCUUCCUCAAGAACAUCGUUUCUCGUCGUAGCGUAAUUCUCCUUUGUGUAGCAUCCUCCGUUCUGUGCCGCGUAUACAUAUGUAGAUACGAAACUGAAUCACUCUGCGAUCACAUCAGUGUUUCUCUUUUAGUAACGCCAUUAACUUCUGUAAUAACAUUCGCACGGUCGUGCAUUUGCGUUUCGAAUACGACGACGACGACGUCGACGUAUGAUGAUACCGACUUGGCCUGUCGUGUAAAUACGUCUAGAGAAAACGCGUAAUAAUCUUAAGAGAGUGAUAUACGUUCGAUAAUAUGAAAAAUAGAGACUAACGUAGAUAAUGUAUAACACGAAGAAAUACAUAUUUUCGAGAAAAAAGAAAAAAAAACAGAAGGAAACAGGGGGAGAGAAUACACAAAUUCGAAAAGUAUAUAUAUAUACGCGUGAAGGAAUAUAAUUGCGCCGAGGAUGGUAUUCAAAUGACAAAAAAAAAAAGGGAAAAGUGAUUAAAAUAAAAAUAAAAUAUCGAAGAGGAUAAGAUGUCAGUUUGCAUAGAAUUAAAAAGAGAAGCGAGGGAGAAGAUGUUAAUCAAAGCUUAUUAAACGAUACGAUGAAAACAAGAGAUACAAAAACAAUGAUGAUAAUUCUAAUGAUAAUAGUAAUAAUAACGGUAAUAGUACUAACAAUAGCAAAUAACAAAUCUUUAGGCCAUAUGCUUUUCCCUGUUCGCUGAAGAAAAACGAGAAUUUAACGAGACAUGUAAUCUACAUAGUCACACGACCCUGUUAUUUCCUCCUUUCGCCUAAUAUGGUUAAAUUAGGGCAGCUUUGCGUGUCGCGCGAACAGUAUAUGCAUUCGAUGACAUAUAGCAAUGAGAAAACACGCAACCGAACUACAAAUAAUGAUAGUCGGGAGAUUCGUCGUCUUUUUUUUUUCUUUUCCUUUUUUUUUUUUUUUUUAGAAACGAGUCGUUCUCGACUAAACUCCGCUAAAGUCUCUCAGUGUUGUUCGAAAUGACACGAGUGUUCGUUCAUCUGCUGAGUGUCUUAUGUACAAUUAGAUAAUAAUAUAUCGUUGUAAUAUAUAGGAGGCAUUAGACACACGAUGUGAUACAUGCCUCGAUGAAAUCAAAACACGAUAGUAGGAAAAACGUGGGAAAGUAGAUCGUCGGAAAACUCGUUAAUAACUGCCCUUUUUAAAGUUCCGAUUUUCGCGUUUCUUUUCUAUUGAAUCGAUUCUUGAAAGUUUUCUUAUCAUAUCUUUUUAACGAGAAUAUUAUUGUUAUUUGUAUUUUAAGUACUUUGUGAUAGUAGUUUACAUAAAUCAAUUCACGUGUGUGUAUGUGUAUAUUUGUAUGUAUAUUAGUUAAAAAUAUCUGCAGGGUGUUCUAUUAAUUUUAGCGUGUGGUAUUUUUAUUUUUUUUUUUUUUUUUAGAGAAUUAUUGCGGAUAUAGAUGUGAAUUUAUUUUUAAAUUUCACGACAUUAAAGACUCUUAUAGAUUGUGAUAUAUGAGACUUCUAAUCUAUUAUGUAGUGGACAGGGUACAAAUUUUGAAGUAGAACCACCAUGUUUUACUUGAAAGAACACGUUUUACUUGAAAUAUGAUGCUUAAUAAUAACAGGUGCUUUAAAAGUCACAAAGAAUAAUGCUAGUUUAAGUAAAGAAGCUAUUGUAUACUAAUUGUAGUAUUAUUUUCUUCGGCAUCCAAAGUAACAUCUCAAAUAAUUUCUAUUAACUUCUGAACUAAACUAUUUAUGGAUAUAAUAAUAAAAAGAACUCUGUUCCUUUGUAAGACAGUGCAGUAUGAAAUUUUUGAGCUUGAGUUAAUAUUAAACUCAACUUUAUGUGUAUCUUAUAAUGAAUAUCACUUCUGAUAUAAAUUGAAUUAUCGGAGAAAGCUCAACUCUUUGUAGUUUUUGAAAUAUGCAUUAUUGUUAAAAAUAUCGUUAGUAUACAAACUUGAAAAAGUGAUGAAAAUUUGCUCACUGGUGUAUUUAAAACUUCGAUGGCUCGCUGCGUAAAUACUGUACGUUCAAAAAUAAUAUUUUCUUUAUUGUAUUUAGUGUAUAUAGAGAUAUUUUUAAGAUCCACUUCUGUCAUUUUAUGUUCCUAAAAAUGAUCAACGCGCAAUUUGCGAUCAAUCUUACAAUAGUAUCGAUAAAGAUAAAUACGAUGCAAGGAGUACGUAUUUAAUGAUAAAGUAGCAUUGAAUUUUUAAAAUUGGUUUUCUCGAAUGCGCUAAAAAUGAACAAACGAUAUUUAUGCAGUAAAGCAUCAAUUUUAAUCCUGCUUUCUACCUGCUUCUCCCUUGAGUUCUCGUUUCUACUGCGUAGAGUAUACACCAAGACCUCCUGAUUCAAUGAAAUUGAAAAAGAAAAGUACUCGUCUAGAAAACGUACAGUUUCGAGUAAUAGUAUAAUUAGAAGAUAACAUGUAACCCAAAGUUACUGGAACAUCCUGCGAUACAUUUGAAAAUAAAUCCACUUGCAUCGAGGUUCAAUCGAAGUUUUCCUAUGUUCAUUCUCGUUUAAAUGACACGGAACUUCACUUCCAAAGAGUUGUAUCUACCUGACCACGUUUUCCACGUAGAACACACACACACACACAUACAUAUAUAUAAGUAUAUACUUUAUAUAACGCAAAUAUCGCAGUGGAACCAGAAGCGCUUACGUGCACGACCAUAAGUUCAGUUCGGUCGUUUUUAAGAGUUGAAGAAAAAGUGUACUUUUCGCGUAUGUUAUAGAUGUUGAAUCAAAAAUGAAAAAAGAAAUAAAAAUGAUGAAACGUGUUAACAUGCUCAUGUAGAGAAUAGCCAGAGCGCAAGUAUCAUCUGUGUUAUAUCCAGGUACCGAUGUCUAGCCGCGGUAACAAUCAAAGUUUUCCAAGAAACUUUUACACCAUCGUCAUCGAACGCGACGAAAAGAAAUUUUAAAUCGAUUGUCUUCGCCGAAAAAUGAAAAACAUCAUGUAACAUUGCAACGCGCAUUAUUUACGAGUGUAAUUACGACGCGUGCUCAAAAAGUUCGAUCGCCUCUUUUUUCCUACUAAUGGUGAUCGUUCUCUUCUUUUCUUUGUCUUUCGUUCUAAUAGGGAGAAGCGAAAUAAGUAAGAAAUCUUCCGUUCGAAUCUCGCUGUAAUUUAGUCAAAGUAACAAAGACGCGUUCUCCUCUCAAAAAAAAAAAAAAUUCGGACGCCUCUGUUUCGCUAUAAUUAGCGAUCGUUUCGGUUUUUAUUUUCUUUUUUUUUUUUUUUUUUCGUUGAUGCUUCCUUUAAUUCUAAUCGGGAGAAGCGAGACAAGUAAGAAAUCUCCCGUUCGAAUCUCGCUGUAAUUUGGUCAAAGAAAGAAAGACGUUCUCUCUUAGAUUUUUAGACGAGCCGUCAGUAAAAAUACAUAUCUCUAUAAUGGCAUUUCUAUUCAUUGUUAUCGUAGAUGUAGGGAAACAAAGUAAUUGUACAGUUGCAAAUUAACGAGGGAGAAAAGGAAAAAAGAAAAGAAUGGUUAAUAUUCCCCAUAGACGCGUCUAUUUGGGGAUCUUUGUUAUGCCGAUGGUCCGAAGUUCACGCCUCGACUAUUUUUUAAUAUAUUUGUAAUUGUUUUCGAAUACGUAUAUGAAGAUGCUUCGCAUGAAAGAAGCAUUUCAAACCAUCCGAAUAGAUCCAUCUGAUUUCACAUUUUUUCACGUGAAACUUUCGUCUUCGUUAAGAAAUAACGUAAGCUAUUCGAACCGUGAUCUUUAGCGAUAAUAACUUGUAUUACACGAUGAUCGUUGUACGUGUAAUAUAUAAUACAUUUACCGUUCCACAUUGUUACCGCAAUAUAUUUAUUUAUAAGAGAGAGAGAGAGAGAUAUGAUCAUCGUAUCCGACUUUAAGGAAUUUCUCGUUUUUUCUAAGAAUUACAAACAAACUUGUUUUAUGUACUUGUUAUUCGAAGUUGGAUCUCGAUACCUUGUAAUCGCUUGGAGUUUCUGAGUAAAUCAAUGUCUUCUGUGAAUUAACAUAGCUGGAAGUAGAAAGUUCCUAGGAAAGGUGUACAGAACGUGGAUUUAUUAUUUAUUGUUGUAAUUAUAUCUUAGAAGAAUUAGCAUCGACAUAGUACAAAAGGGAAGGCCACACCAUAGACACGCGUGGCAACGAGACAAGUUGACCAGAUUACAAAAAAGAGAAAAAAAAGAAAAAAAAAGAAAAAAUAUAUAGUAUGAAAGAGACUUGAAACGGCUGCACAGUUGCGUAGAUCUUGAGCGAUAUACGAGAGCAGUACGGCAAGAAAAAGACAUUUUUCUUUUCUCCGUUUUUCACUUUUCGUUUCACGUUUCGAAAUUUGUAAUACUUCGUAUUAAGGCUUAAUUUAAUGUAAUAAGUCUGACGACCGAGGCGUAACGCUUUCGCAAAUUGAUAUAAGAUAUUGUAAAACGUAAACAAUGCAAGAUAACUUUUUAUCCACUUUUUUAUCGAAUAAUCGAGGAAUUACAAAGGUUCGAUUAAUAUAUAUUUACAAGAGGAUAAUACCGAAAUUUCAAACAUUUCCUAAAUCGACAACAAUUUUUCGUCUACGCCUCAAGCUACAAUAUCGACAGAUUAAGAUUUAUGUCUGUCUAUUCGAUCCAUGAAACAGCUAACGAUACCAAUUGUACAGCACAUAACAGUCAAUUCUCAAUUAUACAAUGCAGUUAUAUGAAAAAUUCUUUAUCAUAAUAUCGACCUAAACAUCGACGAGCGCAAAGUUAAUCGGAUUUAGUCGAUUGGUCACGUACAUUCUUUUAUUUUCGAAUCUCUAAGGCCUAGAGUCGCGUAGCUAUAAGACGAGUAGUAUGUAACAAAAUGAAUAAAGUUGUAAUUUGCCAGUUUUUGUUCCUUA